UAACUUCUUCACCAAACCCCUCGUUCGCUGUGAUCACCGCUUUAACUGCCCGAUGCGGCGUGGCGUGAGUAUGCUGGAGCAAGGCGGCGCCUCAACGUAGAUCGGAUAUGAGAAACAGCAAUUUGUAAACAAACCAAUCAAUUGAAUCAUAUUGUGCGAUUGAAGUUAGGUUAAAACUGAAAAUCACCCUAUGAAGAAAGCGUUCUUAGCAAACCCGUAAAUAACGUUUGAAAUCAGUUGUUAUAGCUAAAGCAAGUCUUAAUUCGAGCAACUGUGGCGGUACGGGUACGAGUACUACUUAUAAAACUUCAUUACCGUAAGCAUUAGUACAUUGAAUUUAUGCUUUAGUUGCAUUAUAUUUAUGUAAAUCUUUUCGCAUCGUUCAGCCGAUUACCUGGAAACUAUCUCCAGGAGUGCAAUUGCCUGUCUAAGACACUCGGGAGGAAAUUUAUUGUAAGAUAAGCUACUUAAUAUUAAAUGCACAAAAGGAUUAAAUAUAUUCGAUUUCAGUUCGAGUUUCGUCUGAAUAAAAACGGACUACGGAAUUUUUUACAAUCUCGAAAAUAACGAGGGAUGAACACUCCAGGAGCCGGGACCGCCACCACGAACGCCCUCCAAGAUACGAUGCAGCAAACAACCUUCAACUGUAAGGGUUGUAACCGCCCUGACCAUGUCGAGGACAUGGUGGCCUGUGACGGUUGUAAUACCUGGUGGCAUAUUGGUUGCGCAGGUGUAACGGAAACAGUCGCCGACCGAUCGUGGAGAUGUAGCCACUGUUCCACAUUCUGCGGUUCUAUUACCUCGGUAAGAACGACUAUGAGCGCCCAACUGAGACUGAAGCAAUUAGAGGAGAAGAAAGCUCUGGAAGAUAAACUUCAGAAGGAAAAGGCGCAAAAGGAACGGGAGUUUUUGGCUCAGAAACACCAGCUUGAAGCUGAUGCCGAGGCUGAAAAGGAAAGAGGUAGCCUGAAAAGCUUCCGCAGCCGUCACAGUCAAAGUGAUGUACGCAACUGGGUUGCCGAACAAAACUUCGUUGUUGGGAAGGCCAACCCGUUAGUCACAAGCACAUCAACUCCAAUUUCAACAUCAGGAGCUAUAACAGGUGUGGUUCCUAAAGCUAUUUGUCCCGUACUGCAACUUUCCUUGGCAAACACGAUGUCGACGACUCAGCCUGUGUACACGCUUGCACCCAUCAUAAAACGUAACCCGAUAAUGGAUCAUGGUAUACCACACCAACCCACAACACAAACAUUGACAUCAUAUGUCCCAGUACUGUCGAAUAACCUAGAGAGACGUCAACAACAACAGCAAUAUCAACCUAACACACCGUAUGGUUUGCCACAGCUAAUGCGGCCUCCGAUAAGAUCCUCAGGGGCAACAGUACCAUCAAUUCCAGACCGUCCGAUAGGAACGUACUUGCAAUUGGGUCCUUCGUUUGAUGUUCACUCUACAGCGCAACCAUUGGUAAUGACUCAAAACCCAUCGGCUUGUCAGCAACCCAUAUGGACAGGUCAGUCUUCGUUGUAUCCGGCAUUGCAUGUGGGUCGAUCUUUCAUUCCUCCAACGACGAGGUUUCCUAAUGCAACCGGACCACCGUUUAGUAUGAAUUCACAUGCGAAUGUAAAUCCGCAACAUCCUGCGGUAUCCACGGAAGCGAAUGAAACACAAGCGUUGCCAAAGAAUCAACAGCGGUUCGAGGGACAUUAUUUUCAACCAGACCCUUUAUUGGGAGCUCAAUACAUAUAUCAACAGCCGAUACCGCCAACCAAUGUGUCAGCAUGUUACCCACCACCAACGAUGGGCUGCUUCCCGCCGCCACAGUCAGCUUGGCUAACGGAUGGAGUUAUUAGUCCACAACAACUCGCAGCACGUCAUGUUGUCAGCAGAGAUUUGCCUAAAUUCGCUGGGGACCCCUUGGAAUGGCCUAUGUUUUUGAGCUCAUUUGAGUCGACUACCGCCAUGUGUGGAAUACAACCUGAUGAAAACCUUGCUAGAUUGCAAAAAAGUUUAACAGGAAGUGCUCGGGAAAAAGUGCAAAGUAUUCUCACACUACCCUCCGCAAUCCCAGAGAUUAUAAAUACACUGCGAGAUGAAUGCGGACGUCCCGAGCAGCUAGUCCACUGUUUGCUGUCGAGGAUACGAAACGCUCCAUCUCCGAACGUCAACAAGCUUGAAACGUUAGUCACGUUUGGUCGGGAGGUGAAGAACCUUGUAACUUACAUCGAAGCAGCCAGUCUCCACGCUCAUCUCUCAAAUCCAAUGUUGCUAACAGAACUGGUAGGUAAACUACCACCUAGUUUACGUCUAGAUUGGGGUCUUUAUAGUCAGCGAAUUUCAGAAGUAUCCCUAAAAGCGUUUAGUGACUACACAUCGUCCAUCAAAACGGCCGCUUGCCAAGUGAGCCUCCCAACGGAUUCCAUCCAUAUGGAUUAUAGCCCUCGGCGUGGCACGAAAAAGGAAAAAGAUGGCUUUCUAAACGCACAUUCGAUGGACGACAAAAAUAAGAUAGAGCCGGAGACAGUAACUGAAUCUAUUAUUCCAAAUCGUAGCGAUUCGAACCCAAGACCUUGUCACGCGUGCCAACGAGUUGAUCACAGGAUUCGCAACUGCGAUAAGUUCAUAAUGUUCACUUACCCCGAGCGAAUGAAAUUCGUAGAAGAUCAUGCACUGUGCCAUCGCUGUUUAACUGGGCACGGCAAGUGGCCAUGUAGAACGAAGCAACCCUGCGGUGUUGAGGGUUGUAAGGAACUACAUCAUAAACUGUUGCAUUCAAGCAAGCCUAGUUUAUCAGAAGACUCCGCUCGACCAGGUCCUUCAGCCUUAGUAUCUACACACUGCCACCAUCAGACAUCAACCCUUUUUAAAAUAUUACCGGUAAUACUGCACAAUAAAGGCAAAUCGGUGAAUACUUUCGCUUUCUUCGAUGAUGGAUCGGACUUGACUCUAUUAGAAGAUGGACUAGCGAAUGAACUUGGUUUAGAUGGAAUCGAAAGUCCACUGUGCCUCCGAUGGACUAGCAAUCUAACGAGGAAAGAAUCCCGUUCGAAGAAAGUUCAACUAAGCAUAUCUGGAACUGACAAGAAAGAAUAUUUCCUACAAAACGUAAGAACGGUUGAGAAUCUUGGGCUACCCCGACAAAGUUUGGACUACCAGGAUAUCUCCCAUCGAUUUCCGUUCCUGCGUCGUCUUCCGAUUCAGGGCUACAGCAAGGCAUUACCCAGGAUCUUAAUCGGGGUCGACAAUGCGCGACUGAAACUGCCACAAAAAAAACGGGAGAGGAGAGAUACGGAGCCUGUGGCCAUAAAAACGCGUUUGGGAUGGACUAUAUAUGGAGGACAACGUGAACAUGGCGGAAUCGAUCGAGUCAUGAUUCAUGUCUGUAACUGUUUGGAAAAUCAAAAGCUCAAUGAUCUGGUAGAAAAUUAUUUUGCCCUGGACAACGUUGGCACUGGUAACCUGGUAAUACCAGAGUCUGAUGAAGAUCAACGAGCGCGCAGGAUUCUCCAACAAACUACAAAACGAACAGAUUCCGGCAGAUUUCAGACUGGGUUACUUUGGAAGACCGAUGAAGUCGAAUUUCCAGAUAGCUAUCCGAUGGCUGCACGGUGA